CAAUGCGAAAAGAAGGGGCAGUGCUAAGACAGGAGGCGGUACGAGCACGCAGACUGACAGUGGGGGCCGGCGCCGGGGGACUGCGGGGACUGCAGGCAGGGACUGUCGGUCUGUCUGCCAGUCCCUUGAUCAGUCGGCCUGCGACUCUCCCUCCCUCUUGGCCUCUUCAAGAGCCAGCCCCUGACAUGGGGCUGAUUAAGACUGAAAGCGGCUUCAACCAAUCACCGGCGACGUCGGGGGCCGGGUCUGCUCAGGCGGGGCUGAGAAGAGCUGUCCGCGCGUUGGUGGUGCUGAAAAGGGGCGCUCCAGGGGCGUUGUGAGGAAGACCAGGAGAGAAAAUCAGAGUUGAAGACUCCAGUUGGCUGGCCAAGGUCACCUUAUAUGUACGAGGAGGGGAGUCUUUCUUCCCCAAACCCCAUCCCAUUACCCUCUAGAUUCCUCACAAACGUAGAAACUCGCCAUUCUCCCGCGACAGGGGAAAGCCCAUUCUACCUGAGCUUCUGUAAAAGGCAAAGGGAAGGAAGCCCAUGGGGUGUGUGGAUGUGGACAGAAGGCAUACUUGGGGGCCUAGCAGGCGCAAAUCAAUCUGUGUCCCCCUUCGGCGCCCUGGCAAGAAGAGAUUCAGAUUCCAGAUGUGCUGGAAUGGUGGGGGAAGGGGGGCCUAAUAACUGCUGGGACCAAAGAGUUUCCUUUGCCUUCCCUAGGGGCAGCGGAGUAAGGAUUACGGUCCUGGGUCAUAUGAUCACUCCUUCCUCCAUCUGCACUUCCUCCUCCCUCCCGCUUAAAUAAAUCCCAGGCCCCUCCUUUUGCCCGUCCCCAGGAUCUGACGUGGGCUCGACACCUUUCUAAGCUUCUCCCUCCCGCAGCUCUGGUGCCCAAGCUUCGGCUUUCCGGGUUCCCCAACCCCUUCCCCUCCCCACAACCCCCCCUAGAGCCCAGUAGGGACCCUCCCGAUCCUUGACCCCACCCUGAGCCCCCAGAAGCUGCCUUCGCCCUCCUAAGUCCCUGAUCUUGGGAUCCAGUCAGCCCAGUGGACCCAGGCCCCAGAGCAAGAGGAUAACCCAGGCCACCCAGCCCCUUCAGCCCUUUGGGCCCCACCCCCUGCAGCCAGAACCGCGCCCCCCUCUACCACAGAUCCAGGAGUAAAGGACAGAGGAGAUCGAGCAAAGAGGGGUGGGCUCCAGGUGACCCCUAGUCCAAUCUGCCUCAAGGGGCAGAGAAUUUGUCUUUCUUUACUGACCCCUAGCCAGAAAAAAAUAUUAAAGGGAAAGAUAAAAGGAUCGGAGGAAAGGUGGCCUCUAGAUUAUUUAGGACAGGCAUAGCGGAGAGGAAUCAGGGUGAGUCGCCAUGGGGUCUCCCAGGGCCCAGCACCGGCCGCCUCCCCAGCUGCUGUUCCUAAUUCUGCUGAGCUGUCCCUGGAUUCAGGGUCUGCCCCUGAAGGAGGAGGAGACAUUGCCAGAGCCUGGAAGUGAGACCCCCACCAUAGCCUCUGAGGCCCUGGCUGAACUGAUCCAUGGAGCCCUGCUGAGGAGGGGCCCAGAGAUGGGCUACCUGCCGGGAUCUGAUGCAGAACCUACGCUAGCCACCCCUCCAGCCGGCCAGACUCUCGCAGCGCCCUCCCUGCCAUGGGCCACUGAGCCAGGAACAGGGCCCCUGACAACAGCCGUAACCCCUAAGGAGGUCAGGGGAGUAGGCCCCACUGCGCCAGAGCUGCUGACCCCGCCCCCAGGAACCACAGCCCCACCCCCUCCAGGCCUGUCCCUGGGGCCUGAAGGAGGAGAGGAGGAGACCACCACCACCAUCAUCACCACGACAACUGUCACCACUACAGUGACCAGCCCAGUUCUGUGUAAUAACAACAUCUCCGAGGGUGAAGGGUAUGUGGAGUCUCCAGAUUUGGGGAGCACCACCAGCCGCAGCGUGGGGCUCCUGGACUGCACUUACAGCAUCCACGUCUACCCUGGAUAUGGCAUUGAGAUCCAGGUGCAGACUCUGAACCUGUCUCAGGAGGAGGAACUCCUGGUGCUGGCUGGUGGGGGGUCCCCAGGCCUGGCUCCCCGACUCCUAGCCAACUCCUCAAUGCUGGGGGAAGGACAGGUCCUUCGGAGCCCAACCAACCGGCUGCUUCUGCACUUCCAGAGCCCCCGGGUACCAAGGGGCAGAGGCUUCAGGAUCCACUAUCAGGCCUACCUUUUGAGUUGUGGCUUCCCUCCACGACCGGCCCAUGGGGAUGUGAGUGUGACAGACCUGCACCCUGGUGGCACCGCCACUUUCCACUGUGAUUCAGGCUACCAGCUUCAGGGUGAGGAGACUCUCGUCUGCCUCAAUGGUACUCGGCCAGCCUGGAAUGGUGAAACCCCCACCUGCCUGGCCUCCUGUGGUGGCAUAAUCCACAAUGCUACACUGGGCCGCAUCGUGUCCCCUGAGCCUGGGGGAGCUGCAGGACCCAACCUUACCUGCCGUUGGGUCAUUGAAGCAGCUGAGGGACGCCGUCUACACCUGCACUUUGAGAGGGUCUCCCUGGAUGAGGACAAUGACCGGCUGAUGGUGCGCUCAGGAGGCAGUCCCCUCUCCCCUGUGAUCUAUGACUCAGACAUGGAUGAUGUCCCAGAGCGGGGUCUCAUCAGUGACGCCCAGUCCCUCUAUGUGGAGCUGCUCUCAGAAACACCUGCUAAUCCCCUGCUGCUGAGUCUCCGUUUUGAAGCUUUUGAGGAAGAUCGCUGUUUCGCCCCCUUCCUGGCACAUGGCAAUGUCACUACCACAGACCCUGAGUACCGCCCAGGGGCACUGGCCACCUUUUCGUGCCUCCCAGGAUAUGCUCUGGAGCCUCCUGGUCCCCCUAAUGCCAUUGAAUGUGUGGAUCCCACAGAACCCCACUGGAACGACACUGAGCCAGCCUGCAAGGCCAUGUGUGGAGGAGAGCUGUCAGAGCCAGCUGGUGUGGUGCUCUCCCCUGACUGGCCCCAGAGCUAUAGCCCCGGCCAGGACUGCGUGUGGGGCCUGCAUGUCCAGGAAGAAAGGCGCAUCUUGCUCCAAGUUGAGAUCUUGAAUGUGCGCGAAGGGGACACCCUGACAUUGUUCGACGGGGACGGUCCCAGCGCCCGAGUCCUGGCCCAGCUGCGGGGACCUCAACCGCGCCGCCGCCUCCUCUCCUCUGGGCCCGACCUCACGCUGCAGUUCCAGGCACCGCCAGGGCCCCCAAAUCCGGGCUUGGGCCAGGGCUUCGUGUUGCAUUUCAAAGAAGUCCCGAGGAACGACACCUGCCCAGAGUUGCCACCUCCGGAGUGGGGCUGGAGGACGGCGUCCCACGGAGACUUGAUCCGGGGCACAGUGCUCACUUACCAGUGCGAGCCUGGCUACGAGCUCCUGGGCUCCGACAUUCUCACCUGCCAGUGGGACCUGUCCUGGAGCGCCGCGCCGCCCGCCUGUCAAAAGAUCAUGACUUGUGCUGACCCUGGUGAGAUCACCAAUGGCCACCGGACUGCCUCGGAUGCCGGCUUCCCUGUUGGCUCCCACGUCCAGUACCGCUGUCUGCCAGGGUACAGCCUGGAAGGGGCAGCUGUGCUCACCUGCUACAGUCGGGAUACAGGCACCCCGAAGUGGAGCGACCGGGUCCCCAAAUGCGCCUUGAAGUAUGAACCGUGCCUAAAUCCCGGGGUUCCAGAGAAUGGCUACCAGACGUUGUACAAGCAUCACUACCAGGCGGGCGAAUCUCUGCGCUUUUUCUGCUAUGAAGGCUUUGAGCUUAUCGGCGAGGUCACCAUCACCUGUGUGCCUGGCCACCCCUCACAGUGGACCAGCCAGCCCCCACUCUGCAAAGUGACCCAGACUACAGACCCCUCACGGCAGCUGGAGGGCGGGAACCUUGCCUUGGCCAUCCUGCUGCCCCUUGGCCUUGUCAUUAUUCUCGGCAGUGGUGUUUACAUAUACUACACCAAGCUUCAGGGAAAAUCCCUCUUCGGCUUCUCGGGCUCCCACUCCUACAGCCCCAUCACUGUGGAGUCGGACUUCAGCAACCCGCUAUAUGAAGCUGGGGAUACACGGGAGUAUGAAGUUUCCAUCUGAACCCCAAGACUAAGGCUGCAGGACCCAGGAUACCCCUCCCCUCCUCAUCUGGGGUGGUGGAGUACAGAACCUGGUCUUAAACUCCUGGCUCCCUUCUUCCCUGGCAGUGUAAAUAGUCUCCCCAUCCCAUGAGGGGGCUUUGAUGGCCCUGGAGACCCUACAGUAAAUAAACCAGCAUCCUGCCGCCCAAA